GGAAGGCACAGGGCCAGUAGAUAAACAUGGAGAUGUAAUGCUUGUGUUGGGUAAUUUUCACGAUGAAUCUGACUGGGAAGUUGUGUUUUUCUGUCUGCUCUGUGCGUAAGGCAGAGCAGGGAAGUUAUGACUGUCGGGGUACGGCUCAGCCAUGUGUUACUUAGGCGGAGUGAGGGCCAGUGUUGUGGUGCUGCACGCCGUGCUAGCCCUGGUCUUCUGCCUGGGUCGUACGCUCGCCUGCCCCUCCGUCUGCUUCUGUAAUCCCGUAACAAGCAUCGCCUACUGCUCUAGGAAAAACCUACCUUUCAUCCCCGAAGGAAUACCCGCUUCAACGAGCCAGAUCAAUUUGAACAACAACAACUUUGAAAAUCCAAAGCUCGAAAGAGCCAAUUUUACUGCGUUUAAAUUCCUGGUACAUUUGUAUCUAAGUGAUUGUGGCAUACAGGAAAUUGAAGCGGACACCUUUGCGGAUUUACGGAAUCUGAAAUGGCUGGACCUCACGAACAACAAGCUUGUCCGAAUACAGGAUUUCACAUUUCGUGGCUUAAAUCUGGACAAUUUGUUUUUGAGUGACAAUGACGGGCUGAGUUUCUCUCCUAAUGCCUUCCAGGGUCUGCGGACGACAGGUCUGUAUCUUCACAGCUCAAGAAUAAGUAACUUUACCCUGGACAUAUUUAAACCUCUCAAUGGAACUGUUCGGGCAUUAUGGCUGGACGAAAACAACUUUGAGAAAUUUAGUAUAGAAUGGUUGUACGUGUUUCGCACAUUGAGUCAUUUACGACUCGGACAUAAUCCUUUUCAUUGUAACUGUGAAAUUACCUGGCUGAGGGAUUUUUACCUAACCAAUAGUUCAGUGUUUUCAAACGCCAUUCCCCCGUCAUGCGAAACACCGCCUAGACUCAAAGGAAAAUUUUUUAAUGAGAUGAGCAGAGAUGAAUUCAGUUGCCAGCUUCCUGUGUUCAGCGAGGUAGACAUAACGCUGGAAUUAGACGAUGGAGAGUUGCUGUGUGAGGCCAACGGAGAUCCCACCCCCACCCUCGUGUGGAUCAAACCCUCGGGGAAGAAAGUAACUUAUGGACCAUCACAAAAUGAGAGUAUUCAUGUGACCACAGCUGUGUUGGGGAUUACCCGAGGAGAGGGGACAGACAAGGAGAAGUACACCUGCAUUGCUGAGAACCCUGCAGGAGAUGUCAGGGUAAACGUGCUGGUCAGCUGGCCCUUGAUCCCCCAACCCGAAGUGAUCAGCGUUGAUAAGCAAGAGGAAGGAGGAGGCAAACCUCCGUACGAAAAAUGGGAGGGGUACGAGCCGAGCCAAAUGGGGGACACGUCCGCCAUCAACGCCACCCCAGCCAAGGAAGAGGAAGAGAAAAGUUUUACCGUGGUGCAGCUUGUCUGUGCUAUCGUCGGCACAUUCCUGUUAAGUCUACUUUUGUGCAUCAUUCUGUUUCAUCUGUAUUACAAACAUCAGGCCGAUGUCAUAUUCCGCGAGAGUAAAGAGAGAGAAAAGACCCCGGACAAUGUGUAUAUUACGUCCGAUUUGGACGGUGAACAGGCUAUAAAGAUGAUCAACCAUCAUCAUCACCAUCACUACGCCACACCGGGUGAAACCUACGAACCUCAGGAAACCCCGAGCUGAACACCACCUCCCCUACCACCCUACACGCCCUUCACCCCGAUGGGCGACACAGCUGACAAGCUGUGGGGAUGUGCCGAUAUACCCAGGGCGGUAUACCGCCUGACCCCUCACCAUUGAGAUAGUAGGGCCGUUGGAAGUAUAUAUAUAUCCCAAAAAGAGCUCAGUAUUCGAUACAAACAGACAUUUCCAUGACAUCAUUUUCAUUUCUGUUGUCCUCUCACCUCCCGGCUGUCGUGAAAAAUAUUGUCAUAUUAAAAUACUCAAUCCCCGCCCAACUUCACAGCCCAUCGUGUGUGU